AUGUCUAAUCAAGAAUAUAGAUUAGCUGAUACUUCAGGAUUUGAUUCACUUAAAUUACACAAAUCAUCGAUUCCUCAACCAAAUCCAGGUGAAAUUCAAAUCAAAUUUCAUGCUUGUUCUCUUAACUAUCGAGAUCUAAUCAUUAGUAAAGGAUUAUAUCCAUUACCAAUGGAAACAAAUGUUGUGCCAACAUCUGAUGGAGCUGGUGAGAUUACAGCUGUAGGCGAAGGUGUUACACAUUUGAAAAUUGGUGAUCGUGUUUCACCUAAUUUUACUCAAGAUCAUAUUGGAGGACAAAUCUCAGAAGGAGCACUCUCAUCCGCUCUUGGAGGUGCACUUGAUGGUUGUCUUCGUCAAUAUGGAAAUUUUCGAGCUCUAAGUUGUGUGAAAAUUCCAACUUCACUUUCAUACGAAGAAGCAGCAACGUUACCUUGUGCUGCUCUAACAGCGUGGAAUGCUUUGUAUGGAGUGACGGAUAGAGCAUUAAAACCUGGUCAAACUGUUCUUCUCCAAGGUACUGGUGGUGUAAGCCUUUUUGGUGCUCAAUUUGCAUUGGCAGCUGGAGCAAAAGUCAUCUUAACUUCAUCAUCCAAUAAGAAAAUUGACGCUAUUAAAACACAUCUAGGAGAAAAGAAUGUUAUGACAAUUAAUUAUUCGGAAGUUCCUGAAUGGGGUAAGCGAGCAAAAGAACUAACGGAUGGAAGAGGUGUUGAUCAUAUUCUCGAAGUUGGUGGAGCGAAUACGUUAAAACAAUCAAUUGAAGCAAUUGCAAUGAAUGGAACCAUUCAUGUUAUUGGAUUUCUUGGUCAGGGGAAUGGAUCUGAUAUAACUGUAUCCGAAUUGGUUAUGAAUGUACUAAAAAAAAAUGCUUUUAUUCGUGGAGUUCUCAUUGGUAGUGUUGAACAAUUCAAGGCAAUGAAUGCUGCUAUUGAAGCAAAUAAUAUUAAACCAAUUAUUGAUAAAAUUUUUGAAUUUGAAGAUGUUAAAAGUGCUUAUGAAUAUCAAUGGUCACAACAACAUGUUGGAAAAGUUGUUAUCCAAAUACCACAAUAA